AUGCAUUUGAGGUAUUAUUUGAAUGAAGAAGGUAAACGUGUUUACACUUUGAAGAAUACACUUGAGGAUGGUUCGUAUACUUUUAAUGCUCAUCCUGGUAUUUUAAAUUAUCAAUUAAUCAGCUAGAUUUAGUCCUGAUGAUCUAAAUUAGAAAUACAGAGUAGAACUUAAGAAGAGAUUUGGAUUAUUACCAACUUAAGGAGAACUUCAUUAAUUUUGA